CACCCAAUUGUGUCGUAUGUUGUUUCGAAGUACGCGUCACCGUUGGCAACGGACAACUACAUUUCAUCCUCAUCUCUGAGGCUGCACUGUCCACUGACUAAAACGUUUAAAAUGGCUUUUAAUGAUGUUUUACUAAAAUACUCGGUCUUGGAACAAUCUGAAUACUAAUAUGUCGUAUAUUUUAAAAGUGUUGAUUUAGUUUUCAUCGUUUAAGAAUAAAGCGCUUGACGUAACAACUUCUGUUAGCCCGUUAGCCUAAAGGAUAUCCUUAGCACGGUGAGCUAAUCUCAUUGCUUAUGUUUAAUCCCAGUCUUCUUCUGUUCUACUCACGACAUGUCGGAAUGACACACUCCGACUAAUCUGAAGUAGAAAAAACUAUCGAUUCUUGUGCAUUCUUAAAAAAGGAAGAGAGGUUCACAACAGAGAGAGAGAGAAGAUGGAGCUAAACCUGAAUCGAGUGGAUUAUAUUCAGGUUGGUGUGACUUCUCAGAAAACCAUGAGGCUGCUUCCUGCACAGGGGAGAAAGACAACACAAAAGGUUGCUAUUGCAGAUCACGAUGGAAUACUGACGUGUUUUGGAAUAAAAAAAGGAGAAGCUGUGCCGGUUUUCAAAACACUCCCAGGACAGAAGAUCAUAAGAAUGGACCUUGGAGGAGCUGUUGGAUCUCCACAGGAGAAGAUCUUUGUUUGUUCUGGUUCUCAGGUGCGAGGAUUCACGAAAAAAGGAAAACAAUUCCUCACCUUUGAAGCCAACCUGACUGAGAACAUAAAUGCCAUGCAUGUAUCAGGUGCUGACUUGUUUGUUUGUGCCAGUUACAUCUACAACCACUACUGUGACUGCAAGGAUCAGAACUAUUAUCUCUCUGGAGACAAAAUCAAUGAUAUUACAUGUGUUUCCUCCGAGAAUCUGACUCGUCUCAGUCCAGUCCUGGCGUGCCAAGAUCGUGUUCUUAGAGUCUUACAAGGUUCUGAACUUGCCUAUGACAUUGAAGUCCCUGGUCCUCCAUCUGUCUUAGAAUUGUAUAACAAAACCAGAGGAGAUGAACUCCUCUAUGGUACUACCGAUGGUAAAAUUGGUCUGGUCCAGAUUGGCGAACACUCUGCUUCAAGCAAAUGGGAAAUUGACAAUGACAAAAAGAAAGGAGGAAUUCUUUGCAUUGACACCUAUGACAUCAUUGGAGACGGAGUGAAUGAUGUAUUGGUGGGCAGGGACGAUGGGACAUUAGAGGUUUAUGGUUUCGACAGCUCUAAUGAACCCACAUUACGUUUUGAUCAUGUCUUGUCAGAGAGUGUGACCUCCAUCCAGGGUGGAUGUGUGGGAAAAGAGUCUUAUGAUGAGGUCUUGGCAGCCACUUACACAGGAUGGGUAACUGGUUUGACCACUGAGCCACAAAAGGCUGAAGCUGGUCCUGGAGACGAGGUCAGGAUGAGUAAAGAGACUCAGUCCAAAGUGGAAGCACUCAGGGCAGAGCUGGAACAGCUGCAGGUCAAAGUUCUGCAGGGACGAGAGCAGUACCAACAGACGUCUCAGUCCAGUACUGCCGUGUCUGCCGUGCCUACCUUCAGCAUUAAUGACAAGUUCACGCUCUGCCAAGAUGAUGCCAGUUACUGCCUCACACUGGAGGUGCAGACGGCCAUUGACAAUCUGCUGCUGCAGAGUGAUGUUCCCAUAGACCUUCUGGAUGUGGAUAAAAACUCAGCUGUUGUCAGUUUCAGUGAAUGUGACUCAGAGCCCAAUGGAAACUUCCUGUUGGCCACCUACAGAUGUCAGGCUAACACAACCAGACUGGAGCUUAAGGUAAGAUCUAUUGAAGGCCAAUAUGGGACCCUGCAGGCCUACGUCACCCCCAGACUGCAGCCAAAGACAUGCCAGGUCCGACAAUACCAGAUCAAACCUUUGUCCCUGCACCAGCGCACUCACAGCAUUGACCAAGACAGGCCCAUGAACAGACUAAGUCUUGUGGGUCAGUUCAGUUUUGCAGAGAUCCACUCCUGGGUCGUUUUCUGUUUGCCUGAGGUGCCUGAGAAAACACCAGCAGGAGAGAGCAUCACUUUCUAUUUUCACAACACCUUCCUCGGCACACAGUUGGAAGCUAACUACUGCAAAGGAGAGGGUCACUUCAGGUCAGACAACAUCUCCACAAUCUCCAUACUCAGUGAUGUCCUCUCCAAAGAAGCAACUAAGAGAAAGAUCAACCUUAAUAUUUCUUACGAUAUAAAUGAUGAUUCCGUAAGUCACACUCUCAGAAUGAUCCAUCCGAAGCUGGAGUUCCAGUUGGUGUUGGCCCGAAAGGUUCAGCUCAUCGAUGCUCUCAAAGAGCUUCAGAUCCAUGAGGGAAACUCUGACUUCCUCAUCCCAGAGUAUAGAAACAUCUUGGAUGAGUCUGCCAGCCUUCUGGAGGAGUACAAGAAGCAGCCAGCACACCUUGAGAGGCUCUAUGGAAUGAUCACAGACCUAUUUAUUGACAAAUUCAAGUUUAAAGGCCAGAAUGUGAAAACUAAGGUGUCGUCAUUAUUAGAAAUACUUGACAACUAUGACCUAAAUUCUCUGUUAGAUUUUUUCUGUGAGGCAUAAUAUUAGAUAUUAGAAACAAUAUUUAUGUAGGUGUCAAAAUUCUGACAUGUGCUUUUGCAUUGUAAAUUUUCUGUUUAUCAAUAGAUAUUUUACACAAUAAAAUGUACAA